GGUUGGUCGACUAGAGUCUUGGCCUUACUGCCAAGACCGAGACCGGCUUCGUCUGUCAGUCAGGUGAAUGGCCGCGUAACUGGUGCUUUGACGAACCGCCGGCCUCUUUUUCUCUCCUCGAAUUCAAGGUCGUUCUCUUUUUGGGCGCCCAGAGGAACACGCCACGCCAUCCCACAGCCACGCCACGUGUAACUACGCCAGGCUAUAGUAGCUGUCUACAUCGCCCUCGCUGCAGGCGUGGGUACCCUGUGCUUGCUUCCUUUUUCUUUCCCUUCUUCGUCUCCAUCUUCCUCUCGAACUUCUUGACGAAGCUGGGCGUACAGAUCGUUGGAUGACCGCCUCUCGUAUCUCCACCAUGGCCAGCUCACGCACCCGGAUGCCGCUUGCCGUCCUGCUGUUGACUACUUUGCUGUUGCUGGGCGCGGGUACUCUGCUAAUCGCAGUCAGAGGUGAUGGCGCUGCGGAUGGUGAUGGAACUGCUUCUGGAGCAGACACAGUGGCGGUCGUUGGCUCUGAUGGAGGAGAUGAACCUGUGGAAGAUAUGGCGUUAGGCCCUGCACCUGGUGUUGACUUGGCCGUUGUAUUUCCAAAAAGCAAAGACAAACUUCUUCCGGCAGGACAGCCAGCCAGCGUUCUUCUUGGCAUCAACAAUGGAGCCGAGUCUGAUGUCAAAGUGACGGAGAUCCGCGCAACCUUGAACUACCCAUAUAACCACAGCUAUGUUUUCCAGAAGUUCUCUCCACAGGAUUUUGAGCAUGGCGAUGUUCCUCUGGGAGUCCAAGCAUCGUUUGCAUACGAGUUUGUGCCCAGUGUACAGCUUCAGCCAAGGGAAUAUUCUCUCGUCGCCACUGUCUUUUAUGAGGUGGAUGGGCAACCUCACAGUGCUGUCUUUUACAAUGGGACAAUUGAGAUCGUUGAACCAAGUGGUGUCUUCAGUGGGGAGACACUUUUCCUUGUAACUCUUGGUAUUGCUGUUAUCACUUUGAUUGGCAUGUGGCUGCACCAGCAGUUCCAGCGGUUCACGAAGAACCAACGCUCAAUAAGACCUAAGAAGAUUGAGAUGGGAACCAAGACACUGGAUGAGACAAACCCAUGGCUUCAGGGAACGGCUGUGGACAUGAAGAAGUCGAAGUCGAUAGCACAACCAAGGAAGUCAGAGACAAAGAAGAAGCAGAAGAGCAAGGACAAGGAUGAUGAUUCCAAGAAGCAGAAGCCCAAGGAAAAGGACGAGGAUUCGAAGAAAUGAGGUGUAUGUGUGUGUGUACGGAGAGAGAGAGAGAGAGAGAGAGAGAGAGAGAGAGAGAGAGAGAGAGAGAGAGAGAGAGAGAGAGAGAGAGAGAGAGAGAGAGAUGGUUUAAGGAUACGGAGAGAGCAGUUCAUACUGGGACCACUGGUUGAGUCUCAAGGCCAGAAUGGCUAGAUUGGAGAAGGCAUCCUUCUCUAGGGUGUUCUGGGAGGAAAGGAUGGUCCUAGAGCAGGGAGCACAGGGCAGUGCCUUAUGGAUUUUCUCAGAUUAGUGAGCAGCAGACGACAGUGCCUGACAAAGCUGAACGUCUGCCUUCGCGGUGCUGUGUUGUUCUGUCUUUCUGUUUUUGCCGUUGCCAGUUUUGUUAAUGCUAUCCAUCAGCAGCAUGCUGAUUCAUUGCAUGUUGCUGAUUUGUUUUGCUUCACAGGUUGCCUUUUCUUGUUCUUUUGUUCCGCAGUUGGUGAUUGGUGAGUGGUGUUGUGGUUUUCAUCUUCCCUUUAUGGAUGCAAAAAUAUCAAGCACGAGGUAAAUCCGAUAGGCCGACCGACGAGUUGAUGAAUUAUUGUCAUGCAGCUUCGUUCUGGGAGAGCAGACGUACAAGUAAAAUCAGGAGCCUGCCGCAUUGACUCAAAUACUGAAAGGUAGGUGGAGUGUUUGAAGUUGCUUUUGCAUCAAGGUACCUAGAGUUUGUCUUUUGUUCAGAAAUCAGUCUUUCGAUCUCUUUUUUUUUUUUUAAUGCUUUCAACCGCACAACAACAUCAGGAAGCGGCAGCCGAUGAAAGGUGGCCACUGAACAAUACCUUCCCUUCCUCUGCGAAAGAUGUAGCUAAGGUAUUACCCCAAGCACUGAAACAUCCGCAACAGUUGGGCGAUGUCGGCAGCACAAUGAAGAGAAUUGUUGGAUGCCAAUGGUGAGUAGUGGCGGAGUAGGUUGUUGGAAAAUGUGUUUGUCAAAUUAUCCGCAUUCGUCUUUUUUUUUUUUUUUCCCAAGUUAAAAGGUAAAACAGGUUUAGUGGUAUUUCAGUUGUCUGUUUCAGGAGUCAUGAAGGUUAGCAAUUGGCUGGAUUCAACGUUCAGCGGCUUCAGCCAUACGUAUAUCCUUUAACAACUCUCUUCAUUGUUUUGGGUGCACACGUCGUUUUUGUCGGCCUUGUUUUCAGUUGCGGCUCAUUCGUGCGCACACGUUGUUUUCGUCAGCCUUGUUUCUCGACUUUUAUCGAAUUGCUCUCCGCGUCCUCGUAUACGACUGCCUCCUCUUCACUGUUUGAACACGGGGAACAACCUAGUCGCGCUUAACCCUCUGUGAGAACUGCACGGUAGCACGGAUUGUGCAUCAGUAAUAUGUAUGCUCUUAUCUACUAGCCCAGGCAAGCUUGUUGAGCGAUGUUGAAUUGUGGAAGUGAUGGGAAUGCACGCAUGAGGGCAAAGUAAAACCCCUCUUACCUA